AUGCACAAACUGCAGCUGGGAACCUGCUCAUACCUUACAGAUGCUAUGAAGCUGACCCAGUCGGAGCAGGCUCAGCUGUCACUGGAAUUACAAAGGGAUAGUCACAUGAAACAGUUACUGCUCAUCCAGGAGAGGUGGAAAAGGGCAAAGAGGGAGGAAAAACUGAAAGCCCAGCAGAAUGCUGACAAGGAAAUAGCCGCACAUCUUCAGACUUCUUAUAAGCCAUCUGCUGAAGACUCUGAUGAUCAAAACGUAUUGGUUCCUGUUACUCAGAAAUACAGCCCUUCCACAGAGAAACAUCCGCAGGAUAUUCAGGGAGUCUUUGACAGGGACCCGGAUACACUAUUAUUUCUGCUUCAGAAAAAAAAGGAGCCGGUCGAAGCAUGUAUUGGGAGUAAAGCUCCAAAAGAUGACAAAACAAUAAUAGAAGAGCAGGCAACCAAAAUCGCAGAUUUGAAACGGCACAUAGAAUUUCUUGUAGCAGAAAAUGAGAGAUUAAGGAGAGAGAAUAAGCAGUUAAAAGCAGAAAGAGCUAGACUCCAAAAAUCUCCAGUAGACAAGGAGUUGGAUGUAGAUGCCGACUUCGUCGAGAAGUCAGAGUUGUGGGGUCUGCAGCAACACUCAGAAGCUACUUCUUCAGCUGCAACUUGGCAGAAGUUUGCAACAACUGCUGGGAAGGCAAAGGACAUUCCAAUACCCAACCUUCCACCCCUGGACAUCCCGUCCCCUGAACUCCCUCUGCUGGAAUUUUCGGAAGAUAUACUGAAAGGACUGAUGAAUAGUUAAAAACCAGGAAAAGUGCUCAAUGUAGUUACUCAAACUUAAGAAAAGGGAAAACCACCAGGACAAUGGUGAUCUGAGGGCAGAAACAUCUAACACAAUCCUACUGUUGGAGAAAAGGCAUUAAAGCAACCUUGUUACUGUGAAACACACACACCAUAUCUGAUCUACUUCAUAGAAGUCAAAGGUACCAUAAUGGGUAUAAGAUGGCGAGCUCUUUAGUCUUUCUCCCAAUGUUUCAAACCAAAUGACUGCCUGGAGAAUGUUUCAAGUAACACAAUCCUUCAGGGUUUAAAAGUAUGCUAUAGGUAAUAGUUAUCUAUAAUGCCAUAAAUGAUGGUGCAGAACCUAACUGUUAUGGUUGCCAGUUGGCUACCACUUCAUAUUGAAAAAUGCUUUCUAGCAUGAAUUUAAACUGUGCAUUUCAUUAUGCAUAACUUUGUUAAUUCAGAUACAGUGCAAUUUAUACACCUCCUAGAUGGAUUUAUGUGCCACGCUCUAUGACUCCUGACCAUGUUAACCUCAAGUCAGGAGCGAUUUUAAUUUCCAUUCUAUGAAGGAACCAACUUAUUAGUUCUGUUGACGAGUUUUUUUUGGGUUAUCUGUUUACAUAACUAAUCAGGGUGCAUCGAAUCUAGCUAUUGGUUUCUGUAUAAAGUGACAUUGUUUAAAAAAGAAAAAUCUAUACUUAAAGAAAAAUACCCUUUUUGUUUUCAGUGAUGCAUGAAUGGAAGUAAUUCUAGUUGGCAGUAUUUGAUUGAAAAAGAAAUUGUUUACAGCUUAACCUGAUUCAAAAAGGAUAUGAAAAUAAAAGCAAGGUGUU